AUGGUACUGUCAAAUGUUAAAAUCUUCAGAUUAAAAUCGCAUAGAGCCUUCAGAAUCGGUCCCAUGAUUAAAGCAGUCGCAGGAAAUCUUUUGGUAAAGAGAUUUUAUCAACCAAAAUUAGAAAGAAUUCCACCGGCUUCACUGCUUUUGAAGCAGAAAAUACGGUUAGCUCAAAAUGGCAGUACUACAUCUACAGAAAACCCCAUUUCCUUCUCACAGACCAUGUCCGAGAUAUUUAGCGUCUUGCAGCCAAGUGCACCAGAUCUAGAUGAAGACGAAACAAGUGGUUUGAAACGCGAUCAUUUAUUAACUGAGCGUCUAAACAACGGCGAGCUUGGUGUCAUUAUGAACAAAUUCUUCAAUCCGUCUUCGACACAUAACAAUCAGUUGAUAGAUACGAAUAUAUUACUUCAGAAUUUUCCUAAGUUAAGUGGUAAUGACUUAGAUUUAUUGGAUUUUGCCAUAAAUGAGAAAAUGCGAGGAAACUGGAAUGAUCUAAAGCAAGAUUUCAUUCAGUUGUGGUACUACAAGUCAUUUGGCUUUCUUGGACCUCGAACUCAAUUUGUCCUGACAAACUCUUCUCCGUCAGUUAGGUCCCAAUUCUUGAAACUUCCAUUCAUCGAAUAUAAUUGGUUUCUCCUACAAAAUAACAAAAACGCAAAUAUACUACCUGCUGAUGUGCAAAACGUGGUCAAGGUGUUUCAUCUUGAUGAUAAAAGGUUUACUUGGAAGAGCAUAGAUCCAUUCAGCAAAGCUAUAAUUUCAUUCGUCGUUUUUGUUUCCAUAUAUGUGUGGUUGGAUGAAAGUGCAAAACAAAAAACGAAGGAGCUGCCCGCACAGAAGAGUACUGUAAUAUCAGAAUAA